AUGCACCAGGCAAAGCACUUCGUCAAGUUUGAGCGCGAUUCUCAACACUGCAUCCCCAUUACCGCCUUUCCCUACCAUGGACCGCAAGACGAUCGACUUAUGGGAAACACCAGGAAUCAUUCUCCCCCUCCAGCUGGAAAAGACACUGGGGUAACGCAUUACACCAAACAAGCGGCGCGAAUCCAUUCAUCUCUUCCAGCUGGACGAGACGCUUCGGGAGCACACACACCAACAAGCGCUGGACCAGAUCAUUCUUCCCGUUCAACGGCUUGGGAAAAUACACUAGAAUACGCAAUAGAAAAUAGAUUUCCGUGGCCUAGCUAUCACCCUCAAAGUGUUUCAGAUAAGUCCAUGUCUGAACGUGCACUGCCAGGUGGCAGAUCAGAUUAUCCCUCCCGCCCAGCGGAUUCAGAAAACCACCGAGCAUAUGCAUCAAAUAAUGAAUCGCAAUAUCCUCACAAUGCUACCCAAGGUGUUUCUGAGAACCGCACAUCGCACGAUGCAAACCGUGCCCAUCAAGGUGUCCCAGAUGAUCGCGUGUCACGUCGCACAAGCUAUACUUCCCAAGAUGGUCCAGACAAUCGCACCCCGCACCACCCAAACCCCCAAUUCCCUGCAGUCGGACCACCUGGCCCGUACAGUGUAGCACAACCUUGGGACUCGAGCACUCGUGCAUCUGCAUACCAAGAACCCUAUCGUCCCUAUUCAAACAAUGGACCACAUUAUUCUGGACAGUAUCAGGAGCCUGUUCAAGAUGGCAGAUCCAUGCCGGCAGGAUACGAUGCACCUCCUCACCAUUCUUUCCCUGAUGGUGCAGGCUACUCGCAACCUCCUCCUCCUCCUACAUAUCGUCACCAUUCUUAUCAGGAUAGUAAAGACUACCCACAACAGCAACCCCCUCCUUUAACUCGCCACCAUUCUUUUAAUGAUGAGAGAGGCUAUCCGCAACGGCAACCCCCUCCUGCGCCUGCUCAUCAUUCUUAUCAAGAUAUCAGAAGCUAUCCACAACAGCAACACCCUGCUGCACCUUCUCAUCACUCUUAUCAAGAUGGCAGAGGCUACUCGCAACAGCAAACCCCUCAUCCACCUCACUAUCCUUAUCAUGACGGUAGAGGCUAUUCGCAAGAUCAACCCCCUCAUCCAUCUCACUAUCCUUAUCAUGACGGUAGAGGCUAUCCGCAAGAUCAACCUCCUGCUGCACAACCGCCUCUAAGACAGAGUGCUCCUAGGCAAAGAACCGCAAUCGCAUGCAAAUAUUGCAGAAGACGCAAGAUUCGUUGCUCAGGUUUUACUGCUGAUGGCUCCGGAGGUCAAUGUACUAAUUGUGCCCGCUUCAAACAGGAAUGUGUUUUCACUCCUGUAUCCUCAGCACAGGCAUUUGUACCUCUUAUUGCCCUGACUGAAGCGCUUAAUGGCAGAGAUACGCAUCCGGGUGUUUAUGGUGCUUACGGCCAACCACUACCAGGUGACCCCGCGAAUCAAAACCGUACAGAACCGUACCAAGGAUAUCAUCCACAGCAAGCCGCGCCCAGGCCACCAAUGGCACACUGUCAUCAACAAAUGCCACAGCAGGUCGCCCAAUAUGCGCCCCAACAUGUGCAACAGCCAAUUCCCCAAACAUAUCUCCCACCUAUGAACAGAUCGCCCCAUGAUCGGGAUACCUUGCCUUCUCCGACAGGCUCAAUACCCCAACAAGCACCUCAAACACAUCUCCCUUCUUUUUCGAACAGAUCACCAUAUGAUCAGGGUGCUACUUUACCCUCUCCGACAGGCUCAUUGGAUUCUCAAAAGCGUAAGCGCGAGGCAGAUGAGCGCCACUUUGCUAGAGCGGCGCCAUCUGCCCCUAGUCAAUUCUCUGGAUACGACCGAGACAGCAAUGCUCCGUACCGCAUACCAGGUCUUCAGGAACAAUAUCAGUAUCGUCCCUCCGUUCCAUCCCCUCCUACUCGCCAAUAUGGAUAUCAACAAGGAGAGAAUGUUACGGCCCGCCUGCCAGCAUUGCAAGAUGGACAACAAUAUCGUUCAUCAGUUCCAUCACCUCCUUCCAAUCAACAAUAUGGACAUCAUCAAGGAGAGAAUGCUCUAGCAUACCGACCUAUGGAAGAUGGCCGACAGUCCACCCAAUGGGCCUCGGUAAACUCGAAUGAAGCACCACGAAAUGACCCCUCUCCCAAUGGUUCAUCGUCAUCGUUUCAUUCCCAGAAUGCAGGCGGCAAUCACCAACCUAGUCAGGUAUCUCCUCAUCGAGCCGAGUCUUCUCAGUUUCCUCUAGCAUCCCCUGCUAGAGAAACUGAACGUCCUAACCAGAUGAACAUCGCAAACAUUGUGGAACGCGAUGACAACGAUGUUGACCGAAAUAUGCUCAGACGUUUGGGUAGUAAUAGGUCUUAA